CCGCGAUGAUGAGCAUUCUACUCCUCUUCGUGGUCUCAGGGGCCAACGGCCUGCACAUCGGCGCGCUCAGCGCCUCGCGCCCGCUUGUCAGCGCCUCGCGCGCGCUUGCUGCCCUUCGUGCCCCGCACCCAUCCAUGGUCGACACAGAGUGGACGAUCGCGCUGCAGCGUGUGGCUGCCGCGUGCCUUGAAGAGGAGUGCUCGGUCAACACCGUGGAAGGCCUGAUCUCCGAGCUCUCGACCGAGGCCGAGCGGCUCACCAGGGAUGGCACCAAGACGUCCAAGGAGCAGGUCGCAACGCUUCUCGCUCUCGGCCGGCUGCAGGCCCUCAGCCAAAACCCGGCCGCCAACAAGAACGAGAUCGAGAAGAUUGUCGCCGGCAUGGCGCGCUCGUUUGGGACGGUCAAGGACUACGACUUCCCCGGCGCGGCGCUCGGCUACACGGGCACGCCGAACAAGAACAAGGUUGGCUUGUGAGCCCGCCCGCUGCGCGGACGGGCACGCGGGCUAACCGCACGUCCUCAUGCCGCGGCGGUUUGAUGCACGGAGGAAGCGCCGCGAGCAAGGGCUGCUACCCCUUGUGGGGCGGCACGUUUGAGAGUAUGGACAAUGCGGCUGGAGGUUGUGAGGAUCUUGGAAUGUCUACUAUACACGUGCGCGGGUUAUCUUAUUAUUAUCUUAUUUAUUCGCGAGAGAC